AUGGCGCGCAUCAUGUACCCGAUAGCCUUCAAGCUCCAGGCCCUGGGCCUCCUUGAGACAAUGACCGUAUAUCAGGUCGCUACUGAACUUGGUGUCGCCCGUCGAACUCUGCGAAACUGGGUCACCAAACGCGCUCAAAUCCUUGCGUACAGAGGCAACAAGAAGCACAUGAAACUCACACCUGGCGUCCCAUCCGAGGUGUUACCGGACCCACCUGGAUUGCUUGAGUUUAUCCAUGGAUUACGGGACUCUGAACGAGCCCUUACUACGAUCCAUAUGGUGACGUGGGUGAAGCGCAAUCAACGGGAAUGGCUUGUGUCCUACUUGGUGGACAAAAGGCCAGGCUGUGGGUACAACUUACUGCUACAACGCUUUUUCAAACGUCAUGGCAUCUCGCGACAACGACCUGGCAUAAGUAAACGAAGCCAAGGGGAUCUCGAGGACACUCAUGACAUCUUUGCAGCUGAAUUUCACCGUGAGUACCGCGCACAUGGAGCGGAGAGCGUGUACAAUGUGGAUGAGACAGGAGAGAAGCAUUCGAUGCGAAUGACGGCUGUCUUGACCGCGAAGGCGGAUGGGUCCAAACUUCCGAUCCUGUUCGUCAUGAAAGGGACGCCUGGUGGCCGAAUCGAAACUAGCGAGUUUCCGACCUUUCCUGCUGGCCAUUCCUAUGCAGUCCAAUAA